AGGCUGUGUACCGCGCUGCGGAGAUCGAGCGGGUGGAGAGGGGCGUGGCGUGGCGUGGCGAGCCGGUCCUGAAGAUAUGUCGUGGAAAACAGUUACUACCAAAUCCAUCGCUCAUGGGACUUUAUGGAUCCCGCUUCCGUCACCUAAAUGCUCAGCCAAACUUCCCCCAUUGGAAUCGUCUGACGGCCUGUUUUCGUGGACAAUCGACUUGCACGCGGAAGAUGAGAAGUACUGCAAUUACGACCUAAAGGUGUUCUGCACUGCUUCCGAUCAGAAUGACCAAUCAUCAGUGAGACCUGUUUCUUGGGGAGGCUACGUCAAGUUGGCGCCCGAUAACAGUAGGCGUGGUGAUCUGAGUCUGGGCCCUCGAUUUCUCAAGACACGUUAUCAUUGUGGAACCUGGAGAUCUAGAACAUGUGACCAUGAGAAUGAAAUGACCUAUUUUUUAGAAGCUGCAGUCACCCAGUCGGUACUAGUGCCUAAGCCUGAGCCUACGCCUAAGACGCUAUCUGCAUUUGGUCCUGCCUGCCUGUCUAAGAGUCUUGGUUCCUUAUUAAAUUCGGGGCUAAUGUCAGAUGUAAAGCUCUGCACAGAGGAGCAGGAGAUUGCUGCCCAUCGAAUCAUCCUUGCUGCUCGCAGUGAAUUCUUCAAAGCAAAGUUCAAGCCAGAAUGGGAUGGAAAUAAAGUUGAUGUUGACGUGCCUCUACAAGUCCUGAAAGAGAUGAUUACUUACAUCUACACGGGGAAUCUUGGAGAUGAUGUCGAUAUGAUUGAGCUUCUCAUAGCAGGAGAUAUGUAUUUGGUCACAGAUCUGUGUAAUGAGAUAACAGAGCGGCUACGGCAAAGUUUGGUUUCUCAUAACAAACCUGCUGCAUCAGUCUGCUGUGACUUGUUGAAAAAAAGUGCCAUAAUAAACAGCAGUCCAUCACUCCGAAACAUUGUACUUCGGUACUUAAAAUCACAUCGUGAAGAGGUGCUGAAGUCUGAAGAAUGGGCAGAAUUUCAGGUAGAAAACCGCCUGGUGGCAGCUGAAGCCGUGUUAGAUAUGUAUAACCUUCCUGAUUAGUUUCAAAAAUAUUACCGGUAAGAAUUAGCAGGCAUUGAUGAUUAGAAAGAAUCAGUAGAUUAAUAAUCUGUCAUGAAGAUUUGCUUGUCAUAAUACUCAUCAGAAAAAUGUACAUUUACUGUGUUAUUUGUUCUUGAGUACUAGCAAGAUCCUGAUAAAAUUAUAUUUAAAGCAG